AUGGCUGACAGAGAAGAGCCUCCUCGCAUCACCCAGAUCCCCUAUUGGCGGCUGGUGACCCAGCAGGAUGUGGUGACCCAGGAGAUUAUCGACUAUCCCUACUCGGGAGCGGGCACAGAGGAAGACCCGUAUGUGGUGAACUGGAUCCCCAAUGAUCCUCGCAAUCCCAUGCUUUUCACCCAGUGGACGAAAUGGUCCAUCACGAUGCUGGUAGCUCUGGCCACCCUGGCGGUAUCGCUGGAGUCUUCUGCCUAUACCGGUGGUGUCGCACAAAUCAAAGAAGAAUUCCACAUCGGCACCGAGGUAGCGACGCUGGGCGUUUCGCUGUUCGUUCUGGGCUUUGCUAUAGGGCCUCUGUUCUGGGCACCGCUCAGUGAACUCUUCGGUCGGCAGCUUCUCUUUACCACCACAUACUGUGCCUUGACCGCAUUCAGCUCGGGCGCCGCGGGCGCUCAGAAUAGCUGGACUCUCAUAAUCCUGCGAUUCUUUGCCGGUGCAUUUGGAUCAUCGCCGUUGACCAACGCAGGGGGCGUGAUUGCGGACAUGUUCCCAGCGAAGGAACGAGCCCUCGCAAUGAGUAUGUUUGCGGCGGCACCAUUUCUAGGCCCUGUCAUCGGCCCGAUUGUCGGAGGGUUCCUGGGCAUGGCCGCAGGCUGGCGAUGGGUGAUGGGCCUCCUAGGGGCUUUCUCUGGGUUUGUCUGGAUUCUAGGUACCCUGCUCAUCCCCGAGACAUACGCUCCUGUGCUCCUGCGCCGUCGCGCGGCUAAGCUUUCAACAAUCACGGGGAAGAUAUAUCGCAGCAAAGCCGAAAUUGAUCAGGGAAAGGUCGAUCUUAAGAAGUCAUUCAAGAUCGCCUUAUCACGCCCGUGGCUCCUCCUAUUUCGUGAACCGAUUGUUUUUUUGCUAUCGUUAUACAUAGCUAUCCUGUAUGGAACACUGUUCAUGCUGUUUGCCGCAUACCCAAUUGUGUUCCAGCAGGUUCGUGGGUGGAAUCGGGGCGUGGGGGCGCUGCCGUUCCUCGGCAUUAUGGUCGGGAUGCUGAUCGCCGUCGUGUACACCAUCUUCGACAACAACAUGCGGUAUGUCAAAAACCAGCAGAGGAACGGCGGUGUUGCAUCUCCGGAGGCACGAUUGCCGCCCUGUAUACUGGCAUCCAUCACAAUCCCGAUCGGCUUAUUUUGGUUUGCCUGGACAAACUAUCCGUCAAUCCAUUUCAUGGCAUGCAUAGCAGGAGGCGUCCCCUUUGGCUUUGGCAUGGUUCUUGUCUUUUUGGCAGUCAACAACUACCUGAUUGACGCAUAUACCAUCUAUGCGGCCUCAGUGCUGGCGGCCAAUUCAGUUCUGCGGUCUGUCUUCGGGGCGGUCUUUCCCCUGUUUACGACCUAUAUGUAUCAGGCGCUGGGCAUUCACUGGGCCUCCUCUAUUCCGGCAUUCUUGGCCCUGGCAUGUGUCCCGUUUCCAUUCUUGUUCUACAAGUACGGAGCAGCUAUUCGAAAGAGGUGCAAGUUUGCGGCUGAGUCUGAUGUGUUCAUCCGCAAGAUGCACGAGCAGGUCAAACAACAACCAAAGGCGGGUGAAGAAGAGAAGAAACUCAAGGAAUCAAAUGCCGCCGAGCCCUAUCCACCGAGCCAGAAAACCGACGAUACCGAUAAGACAGUCGGCGCGUGA